GGCCCCUGUAUGUAUCAUGUAGGCUGUUGGGACUUGGUUCGACUUGCUGGUUGGACCCUGCGUUAGCAUGGCAGAAUUCAGUCGUGGUGGCGACUGCAGCGAUGAGUAAGGCACAGAAGUUGAGAAUUGCAUCGCUCAACGCCAGAGGCCUGGGCGCCUCCUCCUUUUGGCCCAAAUGGAAAGAGAUCAAGGGCCUACUCGGGCGGGACCGGAUCCACAUCCUUUGCUGCCAGGAAACCAAGCUGGCUGAGAAUCGGCUGGUAGAAGGGAAAUUGCCGCCAGUGGAAGCGAGCCUUAACGCAAGCUUUCAACUCUGGGCACCUGCAAUUGGAACAUCCGGAGGGGUGGCCAUCCUCUGCACCAAGUACUUUAAAGGGGAAAUUUUUUACUUCUUUGCAGACUCGCAGGGCCGCUGGGCCUGGAUAUACGUCGAUAUGGCUGGGGAGCGCUUCUUGUUGGCUACGAUAUACGCUCCAUCCCAACUCCAGGAUAAAUGCAGCUUUCGGAAGAGCCUCCCGGCCAACAUCCCGGAGUGCGACAAACUGAUCUUGAUUGGCGACUACAACACUACAACCGACCCGCUCCCCCGGGAGGGGGACCGGCCCCUCUACUCACCUGAUGCACAAGCCAUGACGGUGACUCUGGCGGAACUGGGCCUCCAAGACGCGUUCAGAGUGCUUUGGCCGCACGGGAAAAGUAUCACAUGGGUAGGCCCGGGUGUGAGGAAACGGAGUAGAAUAGACAUGGCCUGGCUAUCUCAGCCGGCCAUGCAGUGCCUGCUGGAUUUCAAUAUCAUCCCGGUGGUCCAUUCGGACCACAAGAUGAUUACUAUAAGGUUGGCCAUUCCCUCGAAGCUGCACACAAAACCCCCACCCUCGACGGUCUCGGGUUGGGUAUUCACGGAUGAGAAGUUCCGAAAUCUGGCCAGGCAGCACUGGCAGUACUGGGAACGACUGAGGCACCCGGACCAGCCUGCUCUUCACUUGCUGACAGCAGGCACGGAAGCGUUGGCCAGACUGCUCAAACAGGCGGUGCUGACCUUAAAGCGCGCGCGAAGACUCACUGCGGAAGCAUUCAUCAGACGGGCAACGGAACUAGGAGAUGGCCCACUUGCAGAGGAGGACGAGGAGGAAUGGUGGACACAAUGGGCCGCGCUCCGGGCUGAAUGGAAUGAGUGGCAGCUGCAGGACGCGGAAUCAUGGGGGCUGCGUAACAAGGCUCAAUGGACAGCGGCGGCAGAGCGAAUGACGAAAAUCUUCUUCAGGCGGGUCCACGAAAAACGGCCCGCCUCUGUGAUGAGCGCAAUGCAACCCCCAUUCCAAUCGAACGGCCCGCUGGCGGAUACCACUCCGGAUGUACUGCGCCUUGCCCACCAGUUCUACGCCUACGUGUUUAGCGAGGAACAACAUUGGUCGGAAGAGCAGAUGCAAACCGCCCCGGCAGAGUCCAUCUGGGCGAAGAUCACUACAAGACUGGCGGAUGCAGACCGGAGGGAACUCGAGGAGGCGGUCAUAGAACAAGAGAUCCAGGAUGCACUUGCCGACAUGCCGUAAGGAAAGGCCCCGGGACCGGAUGGGAUGCCGGUGGAACACCUCAAGGCAUGUUUAGA